AUGGUCGCCGACGCUCUCGUUCAUCACCCAGCUCUGGCGCACUGGUUGCGCUUCGUCGCGACAACCGUCGGUCGCGAUAAGCUCCUCCGCACAAUCCAAUACUUCUCCCGCUUCUAUGCCUGGUACCUCUACCGCACCAACAAGCCCCAAUCCGCAAUCGACCCCUACAACGCCGUAAAGAAGCAGUUCGGCACAACACGUAAGAUCCUCCGUGUCGGCAAAUGGGCCGAGCACCUGAAGGCCGCCUCCAUUGCCCUCGAUAACAAGGCACCCAUUGAUCCUGUCCUGCGCUACCUGAGCGUCGGUCGCCAGCUCGGUUAUGCCGGUUACCUGAGCAUUGAUAUGGUGACUGUUAUUGAUGCUGUGGGAUACCGUAAGCUGGAGUCUGUGAAGAGACUGCAGGAGGCUGCUUAUAAGUCUUGGUUGGCGGGUUUACUGUGCAGUGCUGUUGCGGGUGUUUAUACUCUGUACGGAUUGCAGAAGAAGGAGAAGACUAUUAACCGUAAGGAGGGCGAAGGUGUUGUUGAGGCUAAGAAGAUUGAGAAGGAGCGAUCUGCUGCUCGUGUGCAGCUCGUUUCUGAUCUGUGCGAUUUGGCUAUCCCUAUGUCUGCUGUGGGUAUUAUUACCCUUGAUGAUGGUCUGGUUGGUAUCGCUGGUACUGUCAGUUCUCUUAUUGGAACCUGGUCCCAGUGGCGCAAGACCGCAUAA